AUGGCGUCUGGAAUGCAGAGAAAGCGUGGCAGAGACGACGACGACGAUGAUAAUAGACCCACUGAUAAUCGCAGUUCCAAGAAAUCAAAGCAAGAAAUGGAGCCCUCUACUUCUGGCAGAGGAAUCAGUCCAAAGCCAUGCAACAGGUUCUACAGCACUAGCGGGUGUCGUUUCGAAGAUCGUUGCAACUUUUCGCAUAAUGUUCGCGGAGGCCUCGAGAGCGCCGCAGAAAUUCUCGGCUACAACCCUGCCAAAGUAGAUGAGAAAUUGAAGUUAAGUGCCACAACAUCCGUGUCUAGAGUCACUGCUACGAUCCUAAUCGACGAUUUUCUAGUGGGCAGAGUCAUGGGAUAUUGCGGUUGUCACUCCAUGGAAAUUUACGAGAGGACCGGCGUCAUUGUCGAUGCAAUAAAUCAUGAAACGGAUCCCGCCAAACGAUACAUUCAGCUCGCGGGCUCGUCCGAUCAUAGCAUUGGUGAGGCUAAACGUAUGGUCCACCGACUAAUGGCAACUGCCUCGGUUGGAUUAGGCCCUUUAGCAGUGGUGGAACCAGCCUCUGAAUUUUGA